CUCACUUCAACUUUUCUUUCCUUUCUACGUCCAUACCAACUCUAUCGAAGUCCGCAAACAUCCAACCAAAAACUUGUCUCGAACUUGAUCAAAGUCAUCUUCAUCACACGUCGAUCUUUCCUGAUAUACUCCAACUCCACAGUGAACUUGUGUCAUCAUGUCCAAUGAUGAGGUGGACGGAUGGAUCGCACAACUCAUGUUGUGUAAACCAUUGAGUGAAGAACAGGUAAAGAUGUUAUGUACGAAGGCUAGAGAAGUCCUCAUGGAUGAAUCUAAUGUUCAACCAGUCCGAUGCCCCGUAACUGUCUGUGGUGAUAUACAUGGGCAAUUUCACGACCUCUCUGAAUUAUUCCGCAUAGGUGGAAACUCCCCAGACACGAAUUAUCUUUUCAUGGGUGAUUAUGUCGAUAGAGGUUAUUAUUCCGUCGAAACUGUCACUUUACUAGUCGCCCUCAAAUUAAGAUAUCGUGAUCGAGUUACCAUCUUAAGAGGGAAUCACGAAUCUCGUCAAAUCACUCAAGUUUAUGGAUUUUACGAUGAAUGUUUGAGAAAAUAUGGUAAUGCAAACGUUUGGAAAUUCUUCACAGACUUGUUUGAUUAUCUUCCUUUAACAGCUCUUAUAGAUGGACAAAUCUUUUGUCUACACGGUGGAUUAUCACCUUCCAUCGACACCUUAGAUCAUAUCAGAUCGAUUGAUAGAAUUCAAGAGGUACCGCAUGAAGGACCGAUGUGCGAUUUGCUUUGGUCAGACCCGGAUGAUAGAUGUGGUUGGGGCAUAAGUCCUCGUGGUGCUGGAUACACCUUUGGACAGGAUAUAUCAGAGGCAUUCAAUCACAACAAUGGAUUGACAUUGGUUGCAAGAGCACAUCAAUUAGUCAUGGAAGGUUUUGCGUGGUCACAAGACCGAAACGUAGUCACCAUUUUCUCGGCUCCGAACUAUUGUUAUAGAUGUGGGAAUCAAGCUGCCAUUUUGGAAGUUGACGAUGCUCUCAAGUACACCUUCUUGCAAUUCGACCCAGCUCCAAGGGCUGGUGAACCUCUCGUGUCUCGUCGUCCACCUGACUAUUUCCUUUAG